AUGACCCUGCAGAUGGGGGCCUCCACCUUCCUGGUCAUGGCGAUUUUCAGCUACCCUGGCAUCUGGAGAAAAUUCACUGUCACCCAAGAGUUUGUAAAUCCCAUGCUCAUAUGCUUCUGGCUGGCACUCCUGUUUUGCGUAAGGCCUAUGAGCCGGCAGGGCAUGUUCAGGCUGGGGGCCAUAUUCCUCCUUGCCAGCUCCGCGGGGGUGGGCCUGGCGCUGGCCUCGCUCUACCUCAUUGUGGCCAUCAUGGGGGGAAGCAAUGACAACUCCGCCGUCAAGCUGGUCGUGACCCUGCUGAUUUCCUGCCCCGUCAUCUACUGCCUGGCUGUUUACCGAGUCAUGCGCCCAAGCCAGAAGUUCCCCGGCCUGAUCGUCCUCAUCUUCUAUGCCCUCAUCGCCUGCGGCGCCUACCGCACUCCCGUAGACCUCCUGCCCCAGUUCCCACGCUACCUCCUCUUCUACACCUGCGUCGCUGUGGCCAUCACCUGGGCCACCACCUUCCUCAUAGCUCCCACCCCCGCAGGCCUGCUGGCGCGGAUGGCGCUCGCCAACGGCCUGCGCGCCACCGCGGGGGUCCUGGCUGACAUCCUGGACUUGACUCUGGAGAAGCUGAACGAGGAGGGGAAGCUGGCUGCGGCCUCAGGCACGGGCGAUUCCGGGGCCCUCAACAUCGACUCCGGCCUUUACCCCCGCGUCAUAUCCAUCCACAUGGCCUCCUACAACUCCGGGAAAAGGAUCACGGCUGCGCGGGAGCACAGCUCCAGCGCCCGGCUGGAACUGGACCUGUACCGCCCCACCCACGUCCUCGCUUUUCGUCCCUUCUGGAAGGCCUCCCUCCUGGCACGCUCCCUGCUCAGCGCCGUCACCGCCGGUCAGCUCCGGCUGUCCAUGGUGCACGCCCAUGCCGACCUGUUUGCCAGGGUCAGGGACAACGCCCGCGUCAGCCUGUGCCGGGCGGCGGCCUGCCUGACUGACAAUGCGCCCAUCGAGGACGGCCUGCAGGCACUGGGCGACCUGCAUGGCGCCCUGUGCUGCCUUAUACUCGCAUUCCAGAGGCUGCCGAAGGAGCUGGCCCUCACCCCAGACAGCAUGGCAUUCCACAUCAUGGCCACAAACGUCCUCACCUCGGCUACUCAGAUCCGCAAGAUCUACCAGGUUCUGCCUGCGGUGCUGGCAAAGGACCAGCCGCAGUCCGGCAAGGCCGUCAGGAGCUUCCUGCUGGCCUACCCAGCGGCAGACAUGGCAAAGGUUGCCUACACCCCGGCCCCCGCCAAUGAGGCGGCGGGGAGGGAGGCACUGGGCGCCCUGCAGGCCUCCCUCAUUCACCGCGGCUCCACCGUCCGCCGCUCCGCCAUCGGCCUGGACGAGUUCCUGCUCAGCCUCGGCACGGGCGAGGAGCUGCCGGGCAUGCGGGAGAGACUGCAGCGCCGGAGUGUGGCCAGGGUGGAACCGGUCCCCGCUCUUCCCCCCGGGCGCUGGGACCGGCUGAUGGGUGGCCUGACAGUGCGCACGGGAAUCACCCCCCUGCACCUGCGCAUCGCCUGCCAGACGGCCGCCUCGUACGGCCUGGUCAUGGUGCUGACAGGGGUGGACGCGUCGUACCUGGCCCUCUGGGAGCGCCCCAUCUGGGCCAUGCUGACCACCAUCUCUGUGGCGGAGACCUCAAUCGGCGCAGUGUACAAGAAGGGGUCGCUGCGAGUGGUGGGCACGGUGGUGGGCAUGGCACUGGGCCUGGCCACCCUCUACCUUGCGGUGCUCAUCAACGGGCUGAAUCAUGACAACCACCCCGCCAAGUUCAUCGUCACCACGAUCUGCCUGACAUGCAUCUCGGCAGUGGGAGCAACCUGCUGCGCUUGGGACCCGGGCAACACCUUUGCUUACAUGGCAGGCUUCUUCUGCCUCUUUGGCUCGGCGCUGCCGGGCUACAUCGGCGACCAGGUCUUCUGGAACUAUGGCCUGCUGCGCAGCCUGAUGACGGUGCUGGGGGUGCUGAUCCACAUGCUGGUGGCGCAGGUGGUGUUCCCGGUUUCCUCCCGCCAGACUGCGCGGGGACUCAUGGCGGCCAGCCUGGGCGCCCUGGCCGGCCAGGGCGCGGCCAUGCUGCGCCGCCUGCUGGUGGCCGCCUGGAACCAGUUCCGGAUUGAGGCCGGGCCGGGCGUCAUCAGCGAGGACCCGCGCCCCGUGGGGCCUGUGUUCCUGGACCUCUACAAGACCAUCUGGCCGGCCGCCACCAAGAUCGCGGGCAUGGCCCCGCUGGUGGAUGCGCUGGCCUUUGAGUACGAGCUCUUCCACGUCCCGCACCGGUUGCCGGUGCGCUCCGCCUUCAAAGCGCAGCGCCUCUUCAGGCACAUCCUGAACACGCUGUCCACCUUUGCUAAUAGCAUGGAUGCGCAGCGCCUGUCGCACCUGGCCCUGCUGGAGCAUGAGAGCGAGCAGGUGGCCUGCCUGGGGGAGCAGAUGCGGCAGUCCCUGCUGGGGAUGCAGGGCAUGCUGCAGGGCCGCGUCGCCGUGGCCGACGCCCUGCGCUCGAUCGAGGCGCUGGACUACCACACGGAGGGCCUCUUCCUCCAUUUUCUCACUGACCAGCUGGCCGGCAGCUCCGAGACGACGCUGGUGGUCCAGACGCUGGCGCUCAUCUCCCUCCUGUUCAACCUCACCUGGGUGCUGCGGCGCCUGUCCAUCAACCUCAUCUACACCUUCUGGGGGCAGAAGUCGCCGGAGGCACGCCUGGCAGAGUCCUUCUUCGCAGAUCCCCUGCGCUGGGCCAUCGACGAGGACCUCAUCUUCGCCGCGCAGGCGGCCCUGGGCGUGAGCCUGGCCUCCGCGCCGGACGCCUCGCUGAACCACGCAGACGACUCUGUGGACGGGGAGGCGGCCGGCCCGGACCCAACGGGUCCCGGCAGCAAAGAGCCGCCGGGUCUGCCUGGCACCGCGCUCCCCGGCUACUACAUUCGAAGCUCCGCAGACCUGCUCACCCUGGCCAACAGCUCACGUGUGCUCAACCAUGACGCGGUGGAUGGAAGGGGCGCGUCCCAGGCUGUCAUGCCCCUGCUGCCCGCCGGCUCCCUGCAGAGACUCCCCGAGGAGGGGGGUGACAGCUCGACGCAGAAUGCCUAG